AGUAAGUGUGCAUUUUCCUGUUUCCUUUUCACUGGCUGAAAAGUCGAACAUUCGAAAAAUUCGAAUACAUGCAUGUGCUCGUUCGUAUCAUCUCGUUUCAAUCUCAUUCACCAACAAAACAUUCGAAUUUGUUUGAGGCUAAAGUCGAAAAAAAGCGAAUUAGAAAAUCAAUUUUUUUUUUAGGUCAUUUACAAUUGACAAGGCUGUAUCGAAACGAUCUUACAAAAUAUAUGAUCUUCAGACCCGCAGUGCUUUUGUUGAAAUUAUCAAACUUGAUUGAAUGCAUGAUCUCGACGAAGGUGUUCUCGAGAAAUAUUAUAUAUGCUACAAUCAAGUUGGAAAAAUUCGAAGUUCCAUUGAUCAACACAGCGAUGCAAAUAGUAUCGUCUCGUGAAGAUAAACAGAAUUCAAAGAAUCAAUUGAAGGGGAAAUUUUAAAUCGACUUUCAAAUUCAAAGGAACGGCAGCAUCGAAAUAUCGAAAUACCAAGUUUUUAAUCGAAUCAAUCAAAAUCUUGGCGAUUGAUCAAUGGGUUUUAACAUAACACCAAAAUUCCAUAACAUUUUACAUUAUUGGGCAGGAUGCAGGAAAAUUCGG